ACGUUCCGGUCCAUAUUUAAUUGUCGAUGCCACACGGCAGUGCGGUGUGCGCGAGUGGAGGGAAAGAAGUGGAAAAAAAAAAGGUUCGACACGCUUACGCAAACGACAUGUACCACGGCCGGUAUGAGAAGAGGUCGUCCCGGGGACAGGUCAGGUACACACCCAUCGUCACCGUCGCAUCUACCUGCGGAGGAGAGACCAAGACCAAAGUGGCUACAGUCGCGUCUGGUCCCUUGCAAGUGUCACACACGGGUCGUCGACAGAACACGUUCUACCGUACGAAAUUCGCGCGUAUUUCUCCACGUUUAGCCGACGCACAUUGUAUGCCGGCCAUGUGUCGUCUGUACGCGAUCGUUGCCGUAGCGGUGCUCGCCGCGCCGUACUGUUGCCGAGCGGCGGAAGGCGUUGGCGACACUCUGAUGAAGAUGUUCCGCAUCGAGACGAUGGAAAACCGCACCGCCGACGUCCAGAUACCCAGCUACAUGUACGAGUUAUACGAAGACACGGGAAACAGGCGAUACGACGUGAUAAGGAGCAUCACGCCGACGACGGAAUCACAUGGCGCGUUCAGUCAGUUUGUUUAUGACCUGAGUACACUUGAACCCUCCGAACUCGUCCAAAAAGCAGUCCUUCAGCUUGAACCUAACACAAAUCGUCAAUUUAGCAAGGCCAUAAAUGUAUCAUUUUUCGCUUUGCCUAAACAAACCGUAUCGAAAACGUAUUUAGGGUCGGGAACAAUACAUGGCACUUUAGAUUUGGUCAACGCUUUGGGUCCACAGCCAUUAAAUGGCUUCGACCAACUAGUCGUCCAGAUGGAAGGUGCGGCAAAAUUAUCUAUUGGACUAGUGUUGUAUUCGAUAACCACUGGUGGUGGAUAUGCAAAAGGCCACGAAUUGGCAAACUUACUGUUUGAAACUACAAUUAAAAGACGCAAGAGGUCAGUGGCUGAUAAUGAAAUCGACGUUAAGCGAAAUCAUUUCACGAGUGAGCCAAAACGAAAGAAAAAGAAGCAAAAAGUAUCACGAGUCAAUAAACUACAGGCCGUGGACACGGGUGACACGAUCACGUUUACCGGCGCGGACCAGUGCCGGAUGGAGAAGCUGGUGCUCAACUUCGCAGACAUCGGCUGGGAAGACUGGGUGAUCUACCCGAAGGGGUUCGAGACCAACUACUGCGCGGGCGGUUGCCUGUUCCCGCUGGGCAAGGGGUCCAAGCCUACCAACCACGCGACCGUCCAGAGCUUGGCCAGGUCGUUCGGCCGGCUGUGGGACGUGCCGGAGCCCUCUUGCGUGCCCGACACGCUCGCACCGCUCACGCUGCUCUACAUGGACCGGUCCAACCACGUGCUGCUCAAGAGCUACCCCGACAUGAGGGUGGUCACGUGCUCGUGCAAGUGAUGCGGUUCUAUACCGCGACCACGGUUGUGACGUCGUGUCUGGUGACGUUGCGCACCGCAUCGGUACACAACGUCACGACCGUGAUGAUGUACUUAUUAUAUUAUUAUACCACCCAUGAUGUAAUUUAUUUAUUGUUCGGCCGGGCGUGUCCUGAUGAUCGGCGCGGACACAUUCAAAUGUAGUUCCGAAAUGCAAUCUCGUGCCACAUUAUACUCCUGGUACACCGUGUACCCAACAUUAUUGAACCGCGGUGGUGAUUAUUGAUGAUUUAUUGAUUAUUGGCGUUAUUGUCAGCGGCUGUGAUUACUUUCCGAGUUGAUUUUUGUAAUUUCGAAAAAAAGUACAUUUACUAUACUUACCUAAUAAUGUUAUGUAGUUUGAAGUGUUUGUUUACAUCCAUACAUCGACAUUCAAAAACUAAAAAAAAAAUUAAAAUUUUAUAAUAUAGUAUUCAAUGACAAGAUUUCUUUGUAAAAAUGUGGUAUCAUAAAAUAUUAUACUUCAAGCCGUAUAAAAAACAAUUCAUGCUUUCGUCGUACUCACAAAAUCGAUAUGGAAUAUUAUAAGCGUAGACAUCGUUAUUAAAUGGAUCACUCCGUUCCUAAAUUACGUAUACAUUACUGUAUUGUAUUUUAUAAAUAAUGAUUACACGUUCGUAUUGUUAUUAAAAUAUUUCGCUUACCCGCUCCGUGAACAAUUAAAACAUUGAACUAUUAUAACAAUAUUAUUACGGCCGGUGACAAAAUGAAAAAUUCAGUGUUACCAAACCAUGUGGUGUUUUGUAUAGCUUUGGUUAGUGCAUAUUAUAGGUAUAUCAUUGUCCUUGCGCAAUAUUUAUAAACCGUUAUUAUAUAUUAAUGCUAUUUAUUGAAAAAUUGUAAUAUUAAAAUAUACUAUUAUUAUUAUAUUGUUAUCGUCCGUGGACCAUGAUAACAGAUAAGUGCUCAAUAAUAUUAAUAAUAAUAAUAAUAAUAACAUAAUAUAAGCAUUCCGUGACGUCACAUACAUAAAUAAUGAGUAAAUCAUAUUAUGCUAUAUUAUAUUAUAUGCGUACGCCCGAUAGUUGGUCCAAAUCGCUUUUUUCGACAACGGUUGCGAUAGUUUUAUUUAUUUUUUUUAAAAAUAUUUUACGCACUUGCGUGUGUGAUAUUAUUCAGACUUGACUGAACGCGUGUUAUACAGUUGGAUGGUAAUUAAAAAUUAUUAUCCACCUCGACGAAAUGUGCUUACCAUUAUAAUAUUAUUACUUUGUUUUUAAAUUGUUUAAUUUGAAUUAGAUAUUAUGAAUGUGACGACGCAAAUGUUUGAUGACGCGAUACGUGAAGAUUAUAAUAUUUUCAUACCGAUAUUUUAUCUGAUGUAUCUACCUAUUAACUAUUAUAAUUUAUAAUACAAUGUUAUAUUAUGUUACAUUAUUACCUUAAGUUUAAAAUUAUUGAUACUAUUUUUUAAGUUAUUCAUUUCAUUUGAAUAUUUUAAGAUAUUUAUGUAACUAACACAAAUUGAAUAAUAAAUGUGUAAAUACCAAACAAAAACAAAACCUACGUUUAAAACUUUAAACUUAUACCUAUUUACCUGUAGAGUGUAUUCUUUAUUUUAAUUAGAUUACUGAUAUUUGUUCUUACAUCAUAUUAUUAGGUUUGUGAAUUUGUAAAUAUAUGUUUUAUACAUAAGUACGAUCAUUCUAUCAAAAUACACAUAAGUAAAUUAAAUUGUUUAAGCCACUCAAUGUGUUGAAUUUGUCAAUGUCCAUUUGUACAGGAUUUUGACAUGCACACUAUACAGAGUAAUUCAAAAAGCAUGCUCACCCUAAUUUUUUCAUUUAAUAAUGAAUUUAUUCAAUUUCUGAUUUUUGGAAUUUUUAAAUGUGCAUUAAAAUCAUAUUAUUUUUGGUACUAUUAAAGUCCUGUGCCAAUACAAAUUUUGUU